CAUUAUGGACGCCGUUGUUCAGUUCUUACAAAGCUGCAGACUACAUAUUGAAAAGGCUCUCGACCGACCAUAUCUAACUUCAGAUUACUUGAAAACUUUUGUACGUUCUAUAGAUUGGAGUGAACCAUUCAUAUUAGGGUUAAUAUGUUUGCACUUGAUUCUGGCCUUUAUUACGAUAAAGACUAGAAACAAGACCAACAUACAAAAUUCUAUCUUCUUUACUUCAGUUAUAACAGUUUUCAACGUGAAGAACUUUAACAAGUUAGGCUCAGAUAACUGGGAGAAGAUAGCGACAAGGAACUAUUUCGACGAGAGCGGUUUCUUCAUAUUUGUCUUUGUAGCUUUACCCUUGUUGUUGAUAGGAAACUUUAUCAUGUUACAUAACGGUUAUUUGGCUUUACAGACUAUUAAGGAGAUACGAAGAGAGAGCAGGAACGCAGCUGCUCGUCGUCAAGCUUCCAAAGAGGAGAAGAAAAAACAAUAAACCAAAUAUAUACAAUUGUUGAAAA